GAGGAAAUGUACUACUAAUCAUCAAUCAGUCCCAAAUAUAAAAGCAACGACCGUAUUUGUGUUUGACCAGCGAAGAACAUGAUGAAGAUUCAUCCUAUCCAAUCAUCACCGGUGGAAGCAAGCACCGGAGAAGGCAAGACUUCGACGUACUUGACGACGGAGAAAAAGAGUUUCACGAUUUGGAUGAGAUCUCUGGUGUUCCAUAGCAAAGGCUGUACAGUUUUUGAUUCCAACGGAAACUUAAUCUACCGAGUGGAUAACUAUGAUUCCAAGAGUUGCAGUGAAGUAUACCUUAUGGACUUAUACGGAGAAGUCUUGUUUAAAUUUCAACAAACGGUGGGACUAUUUAAAUCUUGCAAAGGAGACAACUCAACCGGGACAAGAUUUACACUACGAAAGAACUUCAAGAUUUCGCCAAGAAGUUCAUCUUCGUCUUACAAAGUUAUAAUGGGAUCCAGUAAAGAUGAUGUGCAAUCUUGUUAUAAGAUUGUAAGUCGUGGAUUGGUUUUCACAAUCGAAGAUGGAUCAGGAAGAUUAAUGGCAGAAGUUAACAAGAAACAAUCUGAUAUCAGCGGUUUAGAAUUUGGAGAAGAUAUUUUGACAAUGGUGGUGGAGCCCCAAGUAGAUCAUUCUUUCAUAAUGGGUAUUGUUAUAGCUUACAGUCUUCUGAAAUGUAAAUUAUGAUUUGAAUUUUGGGGUGAAAUUGAUUUAUUGAAUUAUUGGUAAACUUAGUACUCUAAAU